ACUAACUACAUGGUAGUAGGUGUAUAUAAAGACAUCAUGGUCCUCACAGUCGCGACAUCCACCUAAGACGCGGACUGGGCUGUGUGACAACAAGAGGACUACUUUGUGGAGGUAAAGCACCUGGAGCUGUACAACUUGCAAAGCUUGCAUCUGCAGCCUGAAGCCUUUCGUCCGCAGAGCCUAAAAAGUGGACACUCUCCCCGAAGCUCAGGCGCUCUAUCCAUAGACGGUACCGCAAAGCAAAGACAUGGACGUUGAGUCUCUCCAGAGGAGCGGCCGCCGGAGCAGAGGCUGUCUGGACGUUUUCCUCGUCAUGUCCAUCAUUUUUCUGUUUGUGGCGGUGGCAGCCGUGGCUGUCGGCGGAGUGAUGGUGGUGCUCGAGCUGCGGUCCAAACUGGAGUCCGUGCGUCCGCCCUUUGAACACGCAAAGUUUACAGGAGAAACACCGGACCCAGCGUACAAGAUGCAGAACUUUGCCUAUUUGGAAGCUGUCUCAAGCGAUUUGAAGACCUCCACCAUGAAGUGGGCUCCAGUCGCUUAUGGUGCUGGGACAUCUGUAGGAAGCAACUUCUUGUUUGAUGCACAUCAGAAUUCUCUGAAGCCUGAACGGGUGGGGACCUACUUCAUGUACGUUGAGCUCAACCUCACCUGCACCUACAACUGCACCGCUGGCCUCCUCAGCGUGCAGGUAGGCGACAAGCUCACCUGCAAGGUGGAGCUUCCAGCUGUGGCAGAUGCAACACCUGUGACCAGGAAGUGCUGGACUGUGAGCCAGGUAGACAGGCAGAAACUGUUCACUCAGAUGACCGUGCCAAAGGAGGGACUGCAGGACUGGAAACUGGAGCUGAGCAGCUCACGAUUCGGGAUGUACCUCGUGGACUGAUGUGGACACUAUAGUGCCGCCGCUGCCAUCGAGAUGCAGAUGUGCCUGUGACCUGUGGGUCAUCGCUGAAAAACAGCACCAGUUUGUGUUGUCUUGGGUGAAGACGGGCUGGCGCUGCUGCCUUUCUCAAAGCUCUGAGGUUUAUCGCAAACUCAAGAUGUAAGACGAUGACGUUCAGCAGGGUUUUAAGGUGGAAUCUCAGAAGAGGUUGCAUUUAUGACAGUGCAACAGCAUAUGGAGACUAGACACUCACCUCAUUCUGUAUAUUUAUGUUUAUAUGUUGCUGUGUAUGUGAUAUAUUUAUUUAGCGAUGCAGAACUAUUUAUAUACCUAUAUUUAUAAUGUUGUUGCUGUUUUUUAUAGAUGUUUAUUUUGAUGUAGAAAUCACUACAUUAGUGUUGAUGUGCAAUAUACUGCAAGUUUUAUUCAGCCUACAUUGGGUUAAAUGUGAUUUUAUGGCUCUGUUUUCAUUUUAUAAAUGGAUGGGCUGACAUAAAUGUGUGAUUCAUACAAUUUUGCUCAGAAACCCAGAUGAGCUAUGCAGGAAUUUUGUUUAGACCUACUGUAGCUAACUUAAUCUCUUGCAGCAAAUUAGUGAGUUCAAAUGAGUGAUGAGUAACACUCUACAAUUAAAAUCACUUUUACAGAAACAAUGUUCCCUAACAAAAUGCCUCUGUAAUGAAAACAUGACCAGAAUUACUAAAACUUCAAUAUAUGGACUCAUGAAUUGAGAAAUGUUUUGUGUUUUAAAAAUCUGUAAGUGCUGUGGACAAACGACACUUCCUUGAAUGUAUUUUAUUUGUGAUCCAUAUUAGACAUGGAAACGGUGACGUAGCCAAUACCGGGAACUGGAUGUACAUCACUUCCUGUUUAUUUACCAUACAGCGUGGUUUAGAAAAAAAUACUGUGGUCCAGCAAAACAACACAAAUACACCUCCCGUGUUACAUAACACGAGGUGCAGAUGUCAAAUGAAAAAAAAAACAACUCCUUUUAUGAUAUACGAGUUAUGGUUUUCAUUUUGUCGGCACAAGCACGAAGCAGA